AUGCGCGUCGCAGUUAUUGGAGGUGGUCCGUCAGGACUGACCACGCUGAAGCACCUGAUCACGGCCCACGAAUUUCUUCCCGACGUGGAGCCGAUUGAAGCCACUCUCUUUGAAGCGUCCGCCAGCAUUGGGGGAACGUUCAGGCAUCGCACCUACCAGGAUGCUGAGAUGGUGUCUUCACGCCAGCUGACCACGUUCUCCGAUUUUCGCGUCCCAGAAGCUCCGGAUUUUCUUUCCACGGACGAGUAUUGUUCGUAUCUUGAGUUAUAUUGCCAUCGGUUCCAGCUGUGGCAGCACAUCAAGCUCUGUACUCCGGUGAUGAAGCUUGAAAGGGUCGGCGAAAGUGGCCAUUUGGUCACUUAUGAACAAGACAACCAGCGGAAAGGCUAUCUCUGUGACGCCGUUGCCAUCUGCACCGGAUUGCAUGACGUGCCAAAUAUUCCUGAUAUUCAAGGAAUGGACGGUGUGCCCAACGUCAUGCACUCAUCUCAAUUCAAAAGCCGAGAGCAGUUUGGAACUGGUAAAGAUGUAUUGAUUCUUGGUACAGGCGAGACAGGGAUGGAUAUUGCCCACAUGGCGGUGACUUCAGACACCAAGUCCGUUACCUUGUGCCAUCGAGAUGGCUUUCAUGUCACAAUGAAGCGGGCGCCGCAGCCGAUCUGGUUUAGCCUUGGUACUAAGCAUUUCAGUGAAGACUCGUCUGUGGAACGUACCUUGCACGCUCCGCGAUUCGAGCUUUCCCCUACACCUCAUUGCCUUGAAGGGUUUGAUCCUGCUUGUAACACAAAGGAUCUCCAUGCUCUCUCUCAGCUCGAAUCAGAUGGUUUUAAUCGCCGGCUAUCUAUCAAUGUUGGGAAGAGGCAGCACGAGAAUGAAAACGUCCCUUACGAUGUCGGAUCUGCCAGUCUGUUUGAGACAGCAUAUGCUCAUCCUUGGCUGUCUGGCAAAUCGAAGAAUUCGAAAUCGAGGAAAACCUGUCUGGAAAUGUCUGGGUUGACAGGCUUCCUUGAUAUUACGUGUGAUCAUCUAUGGUUGCGGAAGCCAAAGUUAGCAGCCUUGCCUUGGACCUAUUAUGAUCGCUUCACAAAAUGGACAGUAGCUCUCAUAUCAGGAACGAAAGCUGGUCUCGAUCAAUGGUGCGGAGAGAUAUCUGCGGAGAGAUAUCACGCUUCAAAGAUUUUCUUCAACAAGUCAACCAAAGCCAUGCCUUACAUUAGCGCUCCAUACCGAAAAUUUUCCAUCCUGAAUGCUUUCAGAUCGUUGAUCGUGCAGAUACCUAUUUCUGAUACUAAAGGGAGACACAUCGAUCUUGCGCCGUGGCCUACUCGCUUCGAUGAGAAAGGCGUGGUUCACUUCCUGGAUAAUGGAAGACCUGAGUAUGAAGUGAUGAAAAAUAAGGUCGUGAAACCAGACAUCGUUAUCCUCGCAACCGGCUAUUCACAGAGUCUCAACUUCCUAAACGAAACAUAUCCUCGUCCGCAUGACGCAGAUAUUCGCUUUAUAUGGAAGGGCGAUGAUGAGAGUGUCGGAUAUAUUGGAUUCGUGCGCCCUAGUUUUGGGGCUAUUCCACCCCUUGCGGAGCUCCAAGCACAAGUCUGGGUCCUAGCUAUCCUGAAGAGGCUCCCAUCCAAAUUGCAGCAUGAGGAUCAUUACCGGCUACAUCACAGUCCAACCUCACGAAUCCAAUAUGGUGUCGACCACGAGUCCUACGUGUAUCAAUUGGCUUGCGACCUUGGUUCAGCACCCAGCGUCAUUGACGUGCUCAGUCUCGGUUGGAAAACCAUGUUGAGCUGGGCACUGAGCGCUAAUGUCAAUCCUAAAUUCAGGCUGGUCGGUCCCUGGAGAUGGAAUGGUGCUCGAGCAGUCAUGGAAGGUGAAAUUUGGGAGACAGUCACGAGGCGUAAAUUAAUCUGGGGUCAUCUCACUCUGGCAGUCAUGCCAAUGUUCGUCUUUGGCAGCAUAAGCCUCUUGUUGUUAAUCGUGGAGUGCGCGUUAAUUGUAUUUCUCGCAUUCGCGUCCCUUUCAAAGUGUGCAGCUAACUGGGUGAUUAUGAGCUCAAGCUGUACUAUCACAAAGCAUUAAAUCUCAUAGUACCUUUUCCUCAAGUGGCUGCGGCGCUUUCGAGCACUCUCUUUCCGCUAUGGCAAUGAUUAAAUUGUGGCGACAGAGGCUAUGUGAAAGUAUGCUAACCUAAACACUCACUUGGACCAUGCCAAUAGGACUGAGAAUAGAUUUACA